AUGGUGGAAUCGAUGGUGGUCUACCUGGUCCGCGCGAUCGAGGCUCAUACGACCCUGGAACGGCGGACAGUCAAGAUUGCAGGACAUAUUGCGUUUGUCAAAGAAUUUCACCAGAUGCCUCGACCGAUUCGAUGCCACAGCUACAACUAUGACGGACACUAUACCAGUCCCGUUAUAGGCGCCCCACGACCUGUGGCCACAUGUACCGAUGCUCAUGCCACGGGCCGCGACGACAAGACCAUCACGUCGUGCCGGAAGGACGAGUCGCGCACGCUGCACGGCUGGACGACGCGCGACUUCCCCAACUGCUUCUGGGUGCAGAUCGUACAGGCCGCGCUGUCGCCCAACUUCUUGCACGUCAAGGGCGAGCAGGCCGAGCACCUUACCUACGUGAUUACCGAAUGCGAGAAGCCCGGCAUCCGCACCGUCGAGCCUACCGCCUAG